ACGUCUGCUCCUCUGUGUACACCAGCUGAUCGGAGCAAAAAAUCUGAUCCGUCAUUACUGUCAAUUUGUAAUGUUGUGAAUAUCUGGCAGCACAGCAGCAGUCCGGGUCAACCGCUGCGGACAUUCAGCGGGAAACUGCAGCGCGUGCAGCCGACAAGAGACAUGGCGGGGCCUGUUUGUUUUGGUUGAUACAAUAGACUGUAUAAGGUUGAUACCAAGGCCUACCUGCGAUGCUAAGCUAAUUAGCUAGCUGUCACCGUCAGCAGGAUUCAUGAAUGCAAACUACUGGUAAAGGAAGUGAGCGGUCAGGGAAUAUCUUCCCAGCCACACUCGAUGGAGGUCUGACUGACGUACACAUAUUUAAUAUUAAGCUAAUAUAUGUUGUGAGUGGGUAGAAGGGGAGAGGAAGCCUAUGUAGCCUGUCCAGUGGUCACAGACUAUAACAGAGAAAUUCUCUCGUGCCAGCAGCGCUCUCGUCCAGCUAUAAGAUGUGGUUGAAACUGUUCUUCUUGCUCUUGUAUUUCAUAGUGCUGUUUAUGCUAGCACGCAUUUUUGAAGCGGUAGUUUGGUAUGAGACUGGUAUGUUCGCCACUCAGCUUGUGGAUCCAGUUUCUCUCAGUUAUAAGAAGUUGAAGACCAUCCUGGAGUGUCGAGGGUUGGGAUACUCCGGACUGGCUGAGAAGAAGGAUGUCAGCGAGCUGGUAGAGAAAUCAGGAGAGUUGACACAGGGGGAGCUGUACUCCGCCAUCAAGAAAGAGAAGGAGCAGACAGAGGCAGGAGAUGCCGGCACGACAUACUUCAGUGGAGAGAUGCACUUCUAUGAAUUAGUGGAGGACACUAAAGAUGGGAUAUGGCUGGUUCAGGUCAUUGCCCAGGACCGGGAAGCUCUGCUCAGUCAGUCCAACUGGGGGAAGAUGGUGCAGAAAGUGUCUCAGUUUGGGAUCAGAACUGGAACCUUCAACUGCUCUAAUGACUACAGGUCAUGUAUCAAGCGUGGCUGGCAGCGCUCCACUCUCAUCAUGUCUGUUCCUCAGACUUCAGCAUCAAAGGGCAAAGUCAUGCUAAAAGAAUACAAUGGCCGUCGCAUUGAAACUGAACACAUCUUCCGCUGGAUGACCUCACAUGUGGCUCAUCGAAUCAAAACCCUGCGUCAGUCUGAGCAGCUGGUGGAGGAGUGGCGCUCUGACCCGGCCCACCCCGUGAAGAUGUUUCUGUUCGCCCGUCUGUCCCAGCCGCCGGCCUUCUUCUCCUCGCUGUCCGUCAAAUUUACUGGAAGGAUUGAGUUCAUUUUCGUGGACGUGUGUCACUGGGACAACCACAGCAGCCUAUCAGAGAUUGAUGUGACACAGAGCCCCGCCUACAUUCUCAAGAUGCCUGAGGGCAUUUAUCGUUAUGGCAACAGUAUCGGGGAGUUCCUGUCCCUGGCUGCCAUGGAUACUUUCCUGCGUUCGGUGCAGCCGGAGGUCAAUGAUUUGUUUGUCCUCAGUCUGGUCCUGAUCAACUUACUGGCCUGGAUGGACCUCUUCAUCACACAGGGAGCAACAGUGAAACGAUUUGUAGUUCUGAUCCGAACACUUGGAACCUACAACUCUAUACUGCUGGUGUCCUGGCUUCCUGUUCUGGCUCUCCUCCAGCUGCCAUAUCUGGACACGCUGUACGGUUACAGUCUGAAGCUGCUUCGCUAUGCUGACACCACCACAUUAGCCAGCCUGGUGAGAGUUGACUGGACCUUCUACUCCUCCCACCCUGCUCUCUUCCUGUCCACCUACCUGGCCCACGGCCUGUUAGUUGACUACUUUGAGAAGAAACGCCGCUGUGGCAUCAGGAGCCAAGAGGACAGCACCACCAACCUGGAGUGGCUGGCCAGUCUGUGGGACUGGUACACUUCCUAUCUGCUCCACCCAAUCGCAGCGCUGCAGCAGGUCCCAUCUGACUACUCGGACUGGGAGGAUGACCCCAACUUCUUAUUUGAGCGUUUGGCUUUCCCUGACCUCUGGCUUCGCCCAUUAGUAAACAUGGAUUAUAUUACCAGCCUGCCCACCUGGAGGUUCAGAGCUGCUGGUCAGGACAGCGGAGAGGGGUCUGAUGUAAGGCUGGAUGAAGAGACAGAUGGUUCACAUUCAGACACAGAGAGCUUGGAGCAGAUGGAUGCAGGUCCCAGCAGACCUCAGGACAGCAACACACAGCUCUGUAUGUACAACAACAUGGACCCCAGCAGUAGCUGCCAGUAUGUGUGUGCUGCUGCAUCAUCCUUCUGCUGUCGUCAUGGGAACGGAAGCUCAGCACCAGCAGACAGCGCAGUGAAGGACGGCUGCCUGACAUCUGAAGGCGUCUCUCACCAUCAGCACUGUGAUUGGUCGGUGUGGCCCUGUGACGUGCUGCAGUGUUCAGAGUGUGUGGUGUGUCUGGAGAACUUUGUGAGCGAGGAGCUGCUGAUGGGGCUUCCCUGCGGUCACGCCUUCCACCAGCAGUGCAUUGUGGUGUGGUUGGCAGGAGGCAGACACUGCUGCCCCGUGUGUCGCUGGCCCAGCUACAAGAAAAAACAGCAGAGUGCUGCACAGAAAAUCUCCAAUGAAAACACGCUGCAGGACUGAUGAAUAUGUCUCACGUCAUGUGUCCUCUCCACUCUCACUGCUCAUUGGCACAGAGCUCACUGGGCAUGGAGACUGUCUGGUAUCAUCACAGCGUGCUUGGGGUAAAGUUGGGACUGGGAAGGAAUUAAAGGAGAUUUCAACUUGGACCCUAUUUUCCCUAAGUGACUAAUGGUGACAACAUUUUUUGAAAUUGGUCCAGUAUUGAGUGCGUAUGCUGCAGCCGCUAAAUGGGCUGCAAUGUACGUCCACUAAAAGUGCUUGUUUUUCAUUGACGAGAUCAGAGUGUUAUUACACAUGUCUGACAACAUCAUGGGAAGAGCCUGCAGAGAAAUAAAACAUUUCCUAUGCCUUUCGCUUGAUUACAUUGCAACCCGUUUAGCGGCUGUCGGCUGUAGCGCUCUUGCUUAAUUAAAAAAAAAUGGUUCCCAUUGGUGACUUGGACACACAAACAUGAGGAAGUAGGGCCCAGGCGGAAGAACACCACUGCUACACUUUAAGGAGAAAACAUUGUGAGUAGGUGUGGUCAUGAAACAUCAACCGGUUUGCUUCCAUUACUGUUGAAGGUAAUAAACUGGGCAUUAUUGGCAAACAGACGGACAACACUAUGAAAGCCCAGUCACCAUGGUUUCUGUAUAGAGAGGAUAUUGAUUCACACAGUAAACAUUGGUGACAUCACAGCUAAAUUUGUAGUGCAAUAAAAACAAAUUUCUGGUUUUGCUGUUUUCACUUACCAGAGUCUGUUCCCCCCCAGAAACCAUCAGAGUGAUAUACGUGGUGUUGUGAUUCCAGGCUGGAAAAGAAGCUACUUAUCAAGCUAACUGCAUCAAAACACUAUAUAAUGUAGACUGUCUGCUCCAUCCUGCACCAUCACUGACUGCAAACACCUCCGUGCUGACCGUGUGCUUUUAUUGUGAUGGCCUUCUCCAUUGAACGCUCUCAUUGGUCAAUACAGGAUGUAUCAGUCGGCACGACAAUGCUAUUCAAUAAAUGAACGAGGAGUGAAUUAUCUCUAGUCCUUCUGGUUCUGAAGGCACUAACAUGACCCCACUGGCAACUCCUCAGAAUCUAAUUUUUACGAGACAGAAGUAUUUAUUUUGAUUAUCCAGAGAGAAUGUGCUCAAACAAGCACCACUAUCAAUAGUUUCUACCGUAACGCUGCCCGAUAACAUCUCAUAGUUUGUCAUAGAGCAUUUACAAAUGCACUACUGAAGCUGUUUAUCACUAGGACACAUGAACAGUUGUAAACCUUGUUUUCAGAUGAACAUACAGAGUAACGCUUGCUGGCCAUAGUGUUGAUAGAUACAUAAUCACAUGAGUAUUCAGCAACAUGGAUCACCGGCAUUGUAUUCUGAUGACUUGCAGAAGUUCUACACAAUACGUUUUGAAUAACUAUAUUAAAGCUCAAUAACGCCCUGAUUUGAUAUUCACUGAAACACAGAGGGGGACAGUCGCACACGUUGAUGUGAGGCAGAUCUGUGUACAAAAAAAGAUUGGGCUCCUAGAUGUUCUAAAAUGAUGCAGAGUAGCAAUACUGGUAACCCCCAGCCCUUCCCUGAACCCAGGACUGCCACACUGGCGUUACUUACCUUCAUCGCACAGGCUUUGAUGUGCGCAUUGGUUAAAUAUUUUCUAUCAAAGAGAAACUGUGAAGUUUAACAUAUAUGAAAGAAUUCUAAAGAUUGUGUAAGUCUGUGUGGUGGAGCCUCUGCCAACUGGAGAUAAGACAGCAGCAAGUCUGAUACAGUGUUGUAGGUUCUCAUGCUGAAGUGUUCCCCAGAACUCUGAACCAUGUCCACACGUGGGUGCCCUCAAACAAAUGUGGCAUCAUAUGUUGCAUCAGGGAGGUUUCAGCCACAUAGAUCUUUUGGACACAACUCAAAAAGAAAUGAGACUAUAAUAUAAUACAUUUUAUAGAUGAGUGACACCAACAACCUCCCCUCAGCUUCACGGAGCACUUUAGCCUCUUAACUUGUUGAUUUUAGUUUAAGCUGCUCUCAUCAACCUCGUUUCCAGCAGCAGCAGCCGUUUCAGUGAUAACCCCACAGUGCACUAGCUGCCCAGCAGACAGACACUGUUCGAGACCAGCUGGUGAACAUAGUGGAGGAUCAAGAAGCUAAACACAGAUAUUUCUCAGGAGUCGGUGGAGACCAAACCGGAGCUGAAAGUUGGACGUCUUCAUGUGAACACAAACAUACUGGGAUGAUCGUGUUGCUCUGUGUCUGCUGCUUGUGGAGAUGGGCGGCUUGUUGCUAACGUAUUUACCAUAUCAACUUUAUAGGAUGAUAUUUCAGAUGUUGUGUUUAGAGCUUGCCAAAAACAUAAUAAAAAUAAUGCAGCUUUA